AACAUCCGGCAAUCCAACUCUUCAAAAACUUCAUCCUUAAAGUGUCGCUCAUUUUCCCGUGCCUUCGUGGACAGCGGGAACCAGAAUUGUGUUUCCAUGGGUUUCGUGCUAAGGUUGCAUGGUUUUACUUCGGGAACGGUGUAACGAAUCAAUUACCUAUGCAGCCUGGAUAGCUGGAUUGGUGUGGUGGCAAGAUCAAUUUAACUCUAAUUAUAUCGUUCUAAUUCUAAUUUGCUUUACGGUUCAUUUUAUUUCGCAGGGGUACACGGCUCUUCAUAUUGCCACACAAUUCGGACGGAACGACAUUUUUGAGCUGCUCUGCAACGUGUACAAGGCCGACCGUGACCUGCUCGACUGGAGCGGUAAGAAACCGCUGGAGUACCAGAAACAGAUGACCAGCGUGUCCGACUCAACAUUCAGCAAAAUCAAGGCACGGAAAAAGCAUUCAGAAAAAGACUCCGGCUUCCUGAGGAUUGGUUCCCUGAACGUACGGGUGAAGAAAACCACCGAAGCGUUCAGCAACUUUUUGGGAGUGGGCACCAACCAAACGCGUAUACCGUCGACAGCGAUUAGAUCCAGUGCACCGCCGGACACACUUUUCAUCGACAAACUGCACAAAUCGUGGGGCUCGGCAGAUAACAUACCGAAGGAAGAUUCGGCCAUGCCACCACCAAAGUAUGGACCGGUGAAGAAGCGACGCCAGAAGCGAGAUAUUGAGUACGAUCCUAAUAACGAACAUUUUAGUCAGAGUAUGCCGACCACACCGAGCCAGAUUCGGGCACCGGUUGGUACGCUGUCGGAAAAUCCCGAUGGUGAAUCGAUGGGUGAUUCCGAUUCCGAUACAGCCUGUGGGUUCGAUUCCAACUGGAGACCAACGUACAUUUGAACGAUUUCUAUUUUUCAGACAAUUUAAUACUUUUUGUACAUUCGUAAGGAAAUGUAUUACUAAUCAUUUAAAAUAUAUUGCCAUCAGUUGCCGCUUUGUUGCACGCGAAACUGUUCAUAUUGUGAACACAAUAAACCAUAUUACAUAAAAGGAA